CCUUUCCCCCCACGGCCCCCUCCUCCGAUCUCGGGCUCCCGCCUCCUCACUGCCUUCACCCUGUCUUGCCCACAGAGAUCCUGAUCAAGGUGCAGGUGUAUGUCAGUGGGGAGCUGGUGCCCCUGGCCCGGGCCUCCGUGGACGUGUUUGGGAACCGAACGCUGCUGGCGGCUGGCACCACAGACUCGGAGGGCGUGGCCACACUGCCCCUCAGUUACCGCUUGCGCACCUGGGUGCUGGUCACUGCCGCUCGCCCCGGCUUCCUCACCAACUCUGUGCCCUGGCGCGUUGACAAGCUCCCCUUGUAUGCAUCUGUGAGUCUCUACCUGCUGCCAGAGCGGCCGGCCACCCUCAUCCUCUAUGAGGACCUUGUGCACAUCCUUCUGGGCUCUCCAGGCGCCCGCUCCCAGCCCUGGGUACAGUUUCAGCGCCGGGCUGCCCGUCUGCCCGUCAGCUCCUCCUACAGCCAGCUCUGGGCCUCGCUGACGCCCGCCAGCACCCAGCAGGAGAUGCGGGCGUUCCCGGCCUUCCUGGGCACCGAGGCCUCUGGCUCAGGCAAUGGCUCCUGGCUGGAGCUGAUGCCCCUGGCCGCUGUGAGCGUGCACCUGCUGACAGGGAACGGGACCGAGGUGCCGCUCUCCGGCCCCAUCCACCUGUCCCUGCCCGUGCCCUCGGAGACUCGUGCCCUCGCCGUGGGCACCAGCAUUCCAGCCUGGAGGUUCGACCCCAAGACUGGGCUGUGGGUCCGCAACGGCACCGGCGUGAUUCGGAAGGAAGGCCGGCAGUUCUACUGGACCUUCGUCUCCCCCCAGCUGGGCUACUGGGUGGCCGCCAUGGCCUCCCCGACGGCCGGGCUGGUCACCAUCACGUCGGGCAUCCAAGACAUCGGCACCUACCACACCAUCUUCCUGCUCACCAUCCUGGCGGCCCUGGCCCUCUUGGUGCUCAUCCUGCUGUGUCUGCUUAUCUACUACUGCCGGUGAGCGCCGCC